GCUUAUUGCUAAGAAAGUUCAACCUCGCGCCAAACAAAGAAAUCUCCAGAAAAUAAGUGGCAAGGCUGAGAAAUCGUCUAUUGUUGACUAACAACGACUGAUACAACAAUCCUCUACGUGUCGUCGCGUGUUUCUUUCUUUCACAGCAUCCAUUCUUUCCCGAAACACUCAACCUUCUCAACGCCAACAUGUCUCGCCAUCAUCCCGAUCUUGUGAUGUGCCGCAAGCAAUCUGGCAUCGCCAUCGGCCGACUCUGCGACAAAUGUGACGGAAAAUGCCCCGUAUGCGAUUCCUACGUCCGACCGACCACCCUCGUACGCAUCUGCGAUGAAUGCAGCUUCGGCAACUACCAGAACAAGUGUGUCGUGUGCGGUGGCGAAGGCAUAUCUGACGCGUUCUACUGCUUCGAGUGUACGCGGUUGGAGAAGGACAGAGACGGGUGUCCAAAGAUUAUAAAUCUGGGUAGUUCAAGAACAGACUUAUUCUACCAAAAGAAAACAAAUCGGACGGGGUACUAGCCCCCAUGAUGCCCGGGUCUGGGCGGUGGAGAUUUUAGGUCAUUGGUGUUUUACGAAAAUAUUACUGUUGGGCUCACACCCGAACAGAAAAAGGGAUCGUACUUUGAUAUCAGCAUUUGGCCGGCGUUUUGAGGUUAUGGCAGGUUAGCCCAUAGGCGGAAUUUACAUGUGACUACUCCUGAUAUCCAAUCUGAAUUGA